GUCCCUGCCCGGUGCGCGAGUGGGUGGGGCCUAGCGACGGCGCGGCCUGUCUGUUUGCAGGCCGCGGGAGUCUGCGGUUGUUAACCGGGUGGCUUGAGCCGACUGCACGCGGUACGGUGCAAGAUGGCGGAAGCAGAAGUCAUUAUUUUGCCAAAGAAGCAUAAAAAGAAAAAGGACCGGAAGCCAUUAGAAGAAGAUGUAGCCGAAAUACAACAUACUGAAGACUUUCUUAUCAAACCAGAAUCCAAAGUGGCUCAGUUGGAUACUUCGCAGUGGCCUUUGUUACUUAAGAAUUUUGAUAAGUUAAAUGUAAGGACAACACACUACACACCUCUUCCUUGUGGCUCAAAUCCUCUGAAGAGGGAGAUUGGAGACUAUAUCAGGACAGGUUUCAUUAAUCUUGAUAAGCCUUCUAACCCCUCUUCCCAUGAGGUGGUGGCCUGGAUACGACGAAUACUUCGGGUGGAGAAGACUGGACACAGUGGCACACUGGAUCCCAAAGUGACUGGAUGUUUAAUUGUAUGCAUAGAACGAGCUACUCGCUUAGUGAAAUCACAGCAGAGUGCAGGCAAAGAGUAUGUGGGAAUUGUCCGGCUGCACAAUGCUAUUGAAGGGGGGACUCAGCUUUCUAGGGCACUAGAAACUCUGACGGGUGCCCUGUUUCAGCGACCCCCACUUAUUGCUGCAGUAAAAAGGCAGCUUCGAGUGAGGACUAUCUACGAGAGCAAAAUGAUUGAAUAUGAUCCUGAAAGAAGAUUAGGAAUCUUUUGGGUGAGUUGUGAAGCUGGAACCUACAUUCGGACACUGUGUGUGCACCUUGGUUUGUUAAUGGGAGUUGGUGGUCAAAUGCAGGAACUUCGGAGGGUUCGUUCUGGAGUCAUGAGUGAAAAGGACCACAUGGUGACAAUGCAUGAUGUACUUGAUGCUCAGUGGCUAUAUGAUAACCAUAAGGAUGAGAGCUACUUGCGGCGUGUUGUUUACCCUUUGGAAAAGCUGUUGACGUCUCACAAACGGCUGGUUAUGAAAGAUAGUGCAGUAAAUGCAAUCUGCUAUGGAGCCAAGAUCAUGCUUCCUGGUGUUCUUCGAUAUGAGGAUGGCAUUGAAGUCAACCAGGAGAUUGUUGUCAUUACCACCAAGGGGGAAGCUAUUUGCAUGGCUAUUGCAUCAAUGACCACAGCAGUGAUUUCUACCUGUGACCAUGGUAUAGUAGCCAAGAUCAAGAGAGUGAUCAUGGAGAGAGACACUUAUCCUCGCAAGUGGGGUUUAGGUCCAAAGGCAAGUCAGAAGAAGCUGAUGAUCAAGCAAGGCCUUCUGGACAAGCAUGGCAAACCCACAGACAAUACCCCUGCUACAUGGAAGCAGGACUACGUUGAUUACAGUGAUACUGGCAAGAAAGAUGUGGCUGCUGGAGCUGUGGAAGCCCCUCAGCUUGUUGCUGAAGCAGUAAAAGUCACAAAGCGGAAACGUGAGAGUGAGAGUGAAAGUGAUGAGACACAUCCAGCAGUUCCCCAGUUGAUCAAGAAGGAAAAGAAGAAUAAGAAGAAGGACAAGAAGGCUAAAGCUGUGGUGGAGAGUGAGAGUGAGCCUAGAGAUGGGGACAGUGACACCACCAAGAAGAAAAAGAAGAAGAAGAAAGCAAAAGUGGCAGAAGAGAUGUCUGAGUAGUAAGCACCUGGAAGCAUUGUGUCCAGUUGAGGGAAGAAAUUAGAGCCUUAUUGAGAAAACUUUGUGUUGAGGGAGUGGAACAAAGGUCUUGGGCAGGGUAGAGUUCCGGCAUACUUUUGCUACUAAUUGUGACCUCAGUGGUUAGCUGGUGUGGUCACCCAUCUUGUCCUGUUUUAAGGAUAUGGGUAAUAAAAGAUUUUAUGCCACACAUUUCCCUGCUUGCUUCAGUGGGGAAGCUGCACCUUCAGACCCAGCACUGCCCAGUAACUCUGCAGCUAUUGACAAAUGGCCAUUUUAAACAGCAACAUAGUCCUCCUCCUAGUUGGCUAUUUUUUAUCUCUGUGUAAAAUGUUUUUUAAAAUUGUCUGCUAAAUGAUAAGAUAUAGAUCUUUCUGUAAGUAAAAGGGUAUAAUUGUUACUGGGGAGAUCUUAUCUCUUGUGCCCUAGUCUGGUGUCACAUGUGGGUCUUGCUGGCCUGGUAGUGUAAAUCACACUGUAGGCCUCAUAUUUUCAUGCAACCUUAAGUGUGUAGCAGCAUUUAUCUUACUCCAUCCAGCAAUUUGUGUUUGUGAUGGAAGCUGAACCAUUCCUUGUACCCUCGUGUUCUAACCUUCAUUUACUUUUUAACAAGUUGAUUUGUUCAUUGCUGGGAGCAGAAUAUCAUUUUUGGUCAAUUAAAGACGAGUUACGAAUUUUAAAGUA